CGCGCACCGAGCCACAAUGGGGCUGGAGACCGAGAAGGCGGACGUGCAGCUCUUCAUGGACGACGACGCCUACAGCCACCACAGCAGCGUCGACUACGCAGACCCCGAGAAGUUCGUAGACUCGGGCCAGGACCGGGAUCCCCACCGGCUUAAUUCCCAUCUCAAGCUAGGCUUUGAGGAUGUGAUCGCAGAGCCUGUGACUACGCACUCCUUCGACAAGGUGUGGAUCUGCAGCCAUGCCCUCUUUGAAAUCAGCAAAUACGUGAUCUACAAAUUCCUGACCGUGUUCCUGGCCAUCCCCUUGGCAUUUGCUGCGGGAAUUCUCUUUGCCACACUCAGCUGUCUGCACAUCUGGAUUAUAAUGCCUUUUGUAAAGACCUGCCUGAUGGUUCUACCUUCAGUGCAGACAAUAUGGAAGAGUGUGACAGAUGUUAUCAUUGCCCCAUUGUAUACAAGCAUUGGACGCUGCUUCUCUUCUGUCAAUUUGCAACUGAGCAAGGACUGA